AUGAAGAAAGAAAAUCCAGAUUUUAUGUAUGAAGUACAAGUGGAUGAAAACGACCAAGCAUGCAACUUAUUUUGGAAAGAUGCAAAGGCAAGAAUAGAUUAUGAAUUUUUCGGAAAUGUUGUUUGUUUUGAUACCACAUUUAUGACUAAUAGAUACGGCAUGCCAUGUGCACAAUUUGUAGGUGUUAAUUAUCAUGGAAUGUCUAUGUUAUUUGGGAUGGCCUUACUUGUAGAUGAAACAACAGAAUCAUUUGUUUGGGCGUUCCAAUCAUUUCUUAGUGCAAUGUCCGAAAAACAUCCAAAAAAUAUUUUUUCAGACCAAGCCCAAGCAAUUAGUAAUGCUAUAGAGCAAGUUAUGCCAGAUACACAUCAUCGUUUGUGUUUGUGGCACAUAUAUCAGAAUGCAACGAAGCAUCUCUCUCACGUUUAUGCAGCUAAUACAGAUUUCGAAAAAGAUUUUCAAAGUUGCAUGUACAAUGCUGAGACUGAAGAAGAGUUUGAGACACUUUGGGUUUCUAUGAUUACAAAGUACUCUUUGUCUGAAAACGAAUGGUUAACCAACUUGUAUUCUUUACGAAACGGGCUCCUGUGUAUGGAAGCGAAUUUUUGUGCAGGAAUGACAUCAACACAAAGAAGUGAAAGUGUUUAUAGUUUUGUUAAGGGUUAUGUGAACUCCAGCCUCCGCAUAAAUGUUUUUAUAACGCAAUAUGAGAAAGCGACUAUGAAUUGGAGGGAGAAAGAGCUUCAAGCAGAUUAUCGCUGUAAGCAAAUUACUAAACAUAUUUUAGUAUCUGCAGUAUCUUUCGAAAGGCAAGCAUUCAAGGUACGGUAA